GAUGCAAUGUCGCGAUAAAGUAAGGACAACGUUAAAGGUGUUUCUUCGAGUAAGACAUUGUUAACAAUUACAAGAAGAAAAUUGUUCCGUAAAUCGUUACAUCAAUAGAGAACAGUGAUUAAGGGGAAAUGUUAUGAUUGGAUGAUGUCAGUUUGGAAACAUGAUACAAUUGCAGACGAACCCUCAAUCAAAUAUACGGCUGCUCUAAAUCAGAGACGAAUAAAGGUGAUGCACUGAAAUAGAUAACCGAAUGUCAAUCGUACAAAAUAAAAUUGAUUGGAUUUACAUAAAAUAAUGAUGUUUUAUCGCUAAAUAUACAAUUUUAAUUGAUGGUUGAGAGAAAAAUUAACAUAGAGACUAUCAUAUCAUUCCAAAAUCGUGAAUUUAUUAUACAUAGCAUAAUUUUUCACUGGAUCAGAAAACGUAGUAGCUAUGAACGCAGACCAGGUGAUAGCAUUAACAGAAGAACAAGUAGCAGAAUUUAAAGAAGCAUUCUCAUUAUUUGACAAAGAUGGCGAUGGAACCAUCACGACAAGUGAACUGGGUACAGUUAUGCGCUCUUUAGGUCAAAAUCCAACGGAAGCGGAACUUCAAGAUAUGAUUAACGAAGUUGAUGCUGACGGUAAUGGAACAAUCGAUUUUGAAGAAUUUUUGCUUAUGAUGGCAAGGAAAAUGAAAGACACUGAUAGUGAAGAAGAACUUCGGGAGGCAUUCAGAGUGUUCGAUAAGGAUGGGAAUGGAUUUAUAAGUGCGGCAGAAUUAAGGCAUGUUAUGACAAAUUUAGGUGAAAAAUUAACGGACGAAGAAGUAGAUGAAAUGAUAAAAGAAGCAGAUUUGGAUGGUGAUGGAUUAGUUAACUAUGAAGAUUUUAUGGAAUAUGCAAGAACAAUUCUUUCUCGAAAGACAAAAAGAUGAAGACCUUCGCCUACCAACAUGCUUCUUUACCAUUCCAUCUCCCUGUGUACGCCUUGUGACCUUGUGACGUCACCUCCUGUUUGGUGCCAUGUCAUUUCAAGUCUCUGACUAUUAAUGAAGACGUGCACGUAUUGUUUGCUUUGCGCAUGUUUGACUAACUGAAUUGCUGUACAAGCCAUGCAUUAAUUCCAAGACUGUACUUGGUGUUUGAUAUUGUACUUUUCAUAAUUCAAAAAACUUUUUAUAGAUACCAAUACACAUAUCUAUGCGUUCUCUUUAGACAUAUGAAAGCGCUCACUUGUUUUCACUUAAAAAGUGAAAGUGUUUAACAAUUUUUAUACUACAUUGUACUUUUGUAAACAAAAAAGAUAUAAUUUAUCAAUUUAUGAUCAAAAUAAAAUAAAAUAUAUUGA